GCCAGUGUCUCGCAAAGUGUCUCGUCCUCCACCUCUGCUAGCGUGUCAGCCAGUGCCUCGGCCUCCACAUCGGCCAGUGUGGCACCAGGUGUCUCGGAAUCCACCUCUGCUAGUGUGUUAGCCAGCGUAUCGACCAGUGCCCUGGCCUCCACCUCGGCCAGUGUGUCGCCAAGUGUCUCGGCCUCCACCUCUGCUAGCGUGUCAGCCAGCGUGUCGACGAGUGCCUCGGCGUCCUCCUCGGCCAGUGUGUCGCCAAGUGUCUCAGCCUCCACCUCUGCUAGCGUGUCAGCCAGUGUGUCGACCCGUGCUUUGGUCUCCAUAUUGGUUACUGUGUCGACCAGUGCCUCGCCGUCCAUAUCACCCAGUAUUUCGCCAAAUGUUUCGACGAGUGUAUUAACCAGUGUGUCAGCCUCUAUUAGUAAGUUUUGGUAUUUGCUCAAAAUUUUUUUCUUGUUGUUGCCUGUGUUGACGUAUUUUUUUUGUUUUUAGAUAUCAAUGAUUUAAACAAAUGAGGAAUAGUGCUUGGUCAUUCUUUUCUAUGUUGUUCUUUGUUUGUAAUAGGGUAUGUGUCAUUUAUUUGAGCCAAAAGGUGUCCAGUGAGAGUGACACAGACAACUUGACCAUCUUCACAUUUCAUUUUCGGUAUUCGUAACGUUCAUUUAAUAGAGUAUGACACAUUGCAUCACAUAGCGGAGUUCUCGGAAAGGAGAAUAUAUUAGGUCCCGUUGUUCAAAGACUGGUUAAGAUAACUUGGGGUUAGUGCGAAAUUGGAAUUCAGUUAUAAAAGUUUAACCAUCAAAUUCAGUUUAAUUCUUUCUGUCUAAAAUUUAAUAAUGCAUGCUCCACGAAGAAUGAGAAAAUUAUCCGUGAAAUUGUUAUUGAACUAUAAAAGAAGAAACCCGGGUUAAAAUUCAAUCCUGGGUUAGUGCUACUCAGACUUUGAACAACUCGGCCCAGGGGGGUCGGGGAAGUAGACGGGUCUCUAAGCAGGUUGGUUUAUACACAUAUCUAUGAGGGCUUAUAACCGGAAUUUUGCAUUAUACGAGGAAUAUCAGUUCUACCUGGGUAAAAAAUUUCCAGCCCCUAUCAUUCUAUGAUGUUUUAAUUACUGGUAAGAAAUAAUGAGACAUUGUCUACUGGUGGCUUCUCCUUAGAACACAAUAAAAAAAAGCACCGAGCUGGCUUUAACCAGUCUCGUAUCUAACAAGAGCGAAAAAAAUACUGUUUCAUUAAAUUCUUAACUUCACUCGCGACCAAUUUAAUUGUACAGAAUUUCCUCAGUAAUUUUUCAGUAUUCAGGCAGUUGGCUGUUCUGAGUUUACCACCGUCGCAGGUAUUUUUCAUACUAUUAUUAUGGUCAAAUGAAGGUAUAUUGGCUAUUAACAGGGAUCCUCGAGACCAAUUAAAAAGCUAUAAAUGCAUUUUCCGACUUUUCAAUUUAAAUAAUACGGUUUAUUUCUCUCGAUUUAUAAGAAAAAAGGAUAAGAGUUGAUAUCUUUUUCGUAUUUCUUAUUUCAGGUGAUCGGUGUCGUGCAAAUCCAUGUGUAAACAAUGGAAUCUGUAGCUCUGUAAACAAUACGUUCUCAUGCACCUGCUUACCAGACUAUGAAGGAGUCAUCUGCCAAAUAAGUAAAUGUUUCAAUCUUUUAUGUUUUACUUUCAGAAUCUUAAGUGGAAGUACUGAUGUAAGAAAUUUCGAUUAAAGAUAGUAAGCAGAAGGGCGUAGCUAGAAAUUUUCCUUAGGAACGCACAGUUUUCAAAAUCAACCCUAACCCGUCUCCAAAGUCCUUUUCACGAGGGUGACUUGUUCACAUAUCCCCUCUUAUCAGGCAGCAUAAUAAAAAAAUAGAGAAAACAGCCCAUUUUGUUUGAAAAAACUUAUGUGAAAGAGGAUAAAAGGGAAUUAUAUAGGGUAUUAAAUUGCGCCUUUUUAAACUUAUUUCUUUUCCUUGCCUUGGUUUUCUAUUUUGUUUUUGUACGAACGUGUCACGCACGUGCUUACUGAGCGCACAAGUAGCUACCUCCCUUUAUAUUUUGGAAAAGAGGGUAAAGCUUUUGGGGUUUCAGGAGGGGCAUUUAUACGUUGCUGUCAUAGUUAUGAGAGUUGUAUGUUAAAUAAGGAAAAAAUAUGGAAUGAAAAGCUCGUGUGCAACAAUUAAACUGGAUAGCAUUCAACUCUCAUAAAUGAUGGCUUUAAAAGAGGAAAGUCGAAAAUGAGGGUCGAAACCCAAUUUUGCCAGAUGUAUCGUUCGUGUAAAUCUAAGCAUAAAUUUCCGUGCUCUGUGAGAAAUAAGCACUUUGCAGAUAAUGAGACUCUGCAAUGGAAGUCAGGUUGUGUAAAGAAAAAAGCAAGGAAAGGAAAAAUAAUUGUGCUUUGGUUGUUUAAUCUGAUCCAGUACUAAAAUACCUAUAGCAAUGAAUGUUUUUUUUAUAAGCCACUCCUCUUAUCUGUUGAAGGCGGGAGCGGGUAGAAAGUGGACAUUGACAUCUCAAAACAUCUGAUUAUCACAUACAAUAAUAAGUAAUUCUGUUUUGAUUUACAUUUUCUUUUAGAGAAACCUGCGAGGAUCAUUGCCGUGAAAAUAACUGUCCGAAACAGGGACUUUAUAGAAGAUUACAGGGACCCACAGUUACCAACGACAAGAGCUCUGAUUCAAGAAUUAACUGGGGAAUUAGUUCGUUUCUUUAAAGGACAAUAUGGCGACUCUUUUGAGGGAAUAGAAAUUAUUAGUCUUUUCGAAGGAAGUGUUGGGGUUAACUUUGAAUUAUCACUUAAGCCAUCGUCGAACGUGACCAAUACCACUGUUGUAGAAGAACUCAAAAGGGUCAAUGGAACUGAAGCCUUGGGUUUACUAGAGUUGGGCGAAAUAUCCGCAGUAGAACAAAUCCCGGAGCCGACUACACAAACUACGGUAAUGACAUUACCCACUGCAUCAGGUAUGUGUUUAGUAACAGGUCGUAACAGGUUUUUUUUUAAUUUUACGUCAUUAUUUUCAAAUAGGCAUCAAUUGACUAACAAACCUGACGCCUACGGUGCUCUCAUUGGAUCAUUUUCAGCAGCUGGGCACAGACCCCUGUAUAAAAACAGUAACAGAAUAUAAUAUACAGCACCUUAUAUAUUCCACUGCACCAAAAUUACCCUAUUUUAGUUGUUGUGUCACUAAAUAACGCAAUUAAAUUAAAAUAGCUCAUAACUAAGAGUCCCCCUUAUGAACGCCUUCUUUAACACUUAAAAAGAUCACGUAAAAAGCUUUGUCGGUUGUCGUUGUCUUUGCGUAUGACUUACAGAAGGCUUUUGUAAGAUACUCACAGAACGCGUAAUAAGGCUUACAGAGGGUUGUGUAAGAGUCUUUGCUUGAGUAAUAGCCCUCAGUACAGAAGGCUUGUGUAAGAAAGGCUUGUGUAUCGCUUAGGGUCUUUUCUAAAGGCUUUUGUAAGUCGGAGUCGUUAUACUAUGUACAAAAGCCUUUGGUAUCCAUCUUUUAAACCGUUUUUCUACGACAUUAGAGUCAUUGAUUGUUUUUUUUUUUGGCGAUUGUGGUGAUAAAUGCCACUUGCAGCGUAAGGAGUUGUUGGCGAUGAUUUGUAAACGAUGAUUGUUCGCUCCGUUUGAAAGAGUCCUUCUUUUCUUCCUUUUCGUUUUUGAGAACCUCUCAAGAUAUUGAUGAUUUAGUCGUUUAUAAUCCUCCCAUGUUACCCACAACAUUGAUGAUACGUUUAUCUGAGUUCGUAUAUCAGACUUCUACAAACAACAAAUAACUGUACAUGUAAAACUCUCUCUCCAUUAGUGUUCCUUUCUUGAAUAUUAAAGCUACUUAAUCUACAGGGAAAGAAAAGAUGUCGAAACAAGAAUUUGAGGUCACAGAUACGAAUCGAACUUGCGACCUCAUUAACAAACUAUGCCAAUCCUUGAAAAAAGAAAGGACUCGUUUCCUGAUUAUAGAGUAUUUUUCAAAAAGGUUUAUAACUUUAAGUGAAACAGAAGAUUCUUUCGAAUAUCCAGUUUAUGACUGCUAAAUUCCCCAGUUACAUUGCCCAUUUCCUUAGGGGACCAUGAAAUGAACUCGUUGCUAGGUUGUCCGGUCAACACGCAAGUGAUUUCGGUUUUCGUAUGAGGCGCGUUUUUGGACUGUUGGCUCUGUUGGCCGCGAGAUAAAUUUUUUAGGCAACGCGUAUCGUUUUCUUUCUCCACGGUAAACGUUGCAGGUGUUUGACUUAAACCCUUCCAGCUGUAUUGUCCUACCAUGUGCCACAAUAUAGGGAGAACCAACAACUUAAUAUUUAUUUUGGCCGGCAUUGUAUGUUCCUUAAUAAAAGGUCAUCAAGAGAGAGAAAAGCCCUGCGGUAGUGAUACGUACAAUCUAUUUUAGCACGUUAAGAGCCGUUCAUGAAUACGACAUUUGACUGAAGUCUGGACAGAGUAGUAUAUAUUUCUAAAGUGGGUCAUACUUGAUUCAAUCACUUAAAUAAAGACCUAUGAAAAUAUUAGUUUUCAUUUUAUUGUACCAAGUACAAAAUCGAGUACAUAUAAAACCAAUUUAUUAGCAAACAAUCACAUCAGUAGACUCGGUAAAUGGAAUGUCAUAAGGAGAUCGCUUUUAAAUGACUUAUUAUUGUAAGUUAAAGUUUCUAAAUAUAAGUAUUUUACCUAUAUUUUUGUUCGGUUAUUCAUGGUUUUAUGGUUUUGUUUUUGCUUUUUUGUUCAGCGCUAGACUCUCCGUUACUUGAGACAUGGGAAAUCGUGUUGAUUGUGGCUGCUAUCAUCGUUUUCCUGCUUCUUAUCAUCAUCGUAAUUUUAGUAGUAAGUUGACAUCAUAGUUUUUUUCUAAUCAGGUUUACUUAAGUGAACUCAAAUGUUAAUUAAUAUUCUACUUAUCUUCUUACUUCUAGGCCCUUUUCGUCUCUUUCGGUCAACUUUCGUAAAAUUCCAAGAAAAUAAGAACAUAAUGAUAAGAUGCUCAAGUCAGUAAAUUUUUAUAACUCACAAUGCAAAAGGAAUUACAUUGUUUGAAGAAUAAAGAAUUGAUUUCCCGCUCAAGUGGAUAAAUGCUAAUCACAACUUGGAGUAGGCAUCGGCGGCCACUCAGUGUAAAAACAGCUACAUCUUACCAGACAUUGUUGCCUCUAUAAACUCAAUUUAUUUUCAUCUGUUGUUGAAUAUUUUACACACAGAACUAUCCAUAGCCAAUUUCAACAUACCUUUCGUAAUUUUUUGUGAUUUUUAAUUUACAGGUUAAAUACAGACGCAUCAGUAAGAGCGGAAAGGAAAUGAUAGCCUUUGACGGUUACUGGGAGCUAAGAGCGGAUGCAAAGUAUAACAACAACCAACCUCCUAUGAGAGCAAAUCCACCAAGCUACACAAACGAAGUAUAUUCAGAUGGGACUCCGGUAAGCUAGAGUAACACGGUGUAUUUAAAAGUUUUAUACGGCAUGAUACUCCCUUAUUUCCCUUUAAAAUAGUAGAUUGCGUGUAGACGUCUUCUACAUCCUUUGUUGUAUUCGCGCAAAAUACCCAAGCGCCUGUAAAGUUUGCCACUCACAAGCAAUGAACGACGGGCAGACGGAAGGGGUAAAAUAAUCCUGUGCUUCCUUGUGGGAGACAUCAGUAUUGUAUAUACUACCUCUUAGGAAAACAAGGGGAUGUAGGUAGUAAGUAAUCUAAGCGAUCUAUUACUUCAUAGUUCUGUGCUAUUGCUUUUUUGAUUAAUUUCCUGCUAUACUGUAAUUGCUUACUUUGUAUUCUGCGGAGUAUAUACGGUUUAUUGAUCAAGCUUGUUCGGCCAAGAUGGCUGGUUAAAAGACACGUUACUUAAUUGCGCUUUUAUGGACGGAGAGGACGUAAAUGUCACUAGAAAGUACUCCAAAAGAGAUGUCAUUUAAUUAUACACAGCAUGGUUUUUUUAUAGCUGACUUUGGCAGUGAAAGUUCUGCUGUCCGUGGCUGUUACGUGUUGUCGCCUCAGCUAUUACGUAAAUUGAAUCUUAAUUCGUCAAAAAACAAGGAUAAGGCUGUUUCCAUACCACUGUCCCUUAAGCAUACAACUUAUUAGAGCCGUGCGGAAAUCAGGCAUUAAUCUUAUUAUAUGACUCGGCAUUGGAGAUCCUUCUGGUAAAUUAUCUAGUGCACAUCAAACUUUUGAAAGCUGAGUGUACUCGUGCGAAGUUCAUGGUCACUGUUGAAUGUCGUGACAUUAUGACGUUAUUUUUAUGGUCUAUAAGAGUAUGGAAAAUAGAAGCUUGUCCCCUUUAUCUUAAACAGACAACCAAAGCUUGCUGGAUUUUUCAAAUGUCACCAGCUUAUGAGCUGGAAGAACCCCUUGUUACCUCAUAGGGUGAUAGCUUAGGUUCUCAUGUUCCUUUUUGCUCUUUACAGACUUCUUUGCCUGCGAGAAACGGACGAGUCGAGGAUUCCUCUACCAACGAAGCGUACAUAUAACACAGCGGAUGAGAUCAAUCUCUGUACUGCAUGGCUUCCUCUUAGUGUCCCAUCUAUUGUAAAGUUCAAGACUGCAGUCAUUCUUCUCUAAGCCAUGUGUGCCUGGUGCUUGGAAAACUUUCUCCAUUCUGCUCUGGCUUUGCUCUACAUCUGAGAUGAUAACUUCCUUCCUUCUAUCUGUUGUUAGCCUUAUUCCACCGUAAAAAUUGGCAAUUUACCAAGUUCGUUUUCAUAUUUACAGACUGCUAUGUGAAAGACGAACGAAGCAAUCACCGAGGCACAGUUUGCUGAAGAUACCCCACUGUGA